AUGUAUAUUUAAUUUAACAAUAAAGUUAAAUCAUAUAUCCAUAGAAAAGAGAAGGAAAGACUUUAUUCUUAAAGAUUAAGUCGGUUUUUAAUUUUCCGUAAAUUAUCUAAAAAGGAGGUCCAGUAAUUAAAUCUCAAAUAAUUAGUUGA